GUCGAGAGGAGGGCGGCCGCUGCCACACGGCCCGGUAGCACGACCACCCCGCACGCACCCCGCGGUGCCCGCGCCCACGCCCGCAUCGGUGGCGGAGGUGCUGGUGGUGAACAAGUGGAACAAGAAGUUGUGAACGCGAGUGCGAGCGCGAGCGUGCGUGCGAGCGAGUGACGAGCUGCUCGAGCGGCGCCGAUUGGAACCCUACCGCUGCCGCCGCCGCCGCCGCUGCCGCCCCCCGGCGGCGCGCACCAUGGGCCCGCGCUGCUGAACGAGACGCCCGCCCCGCGUCGCGACGCCCGCCGCCGCCGCCGCGACGCCGCCAUGGCCUGAACGGCCGGCCGGUGCUGAACCUGUUGAUGUGAACCGCCGCCCUGCAGCCGCCCUGCAGCCCCCAGCACGCCGUGCGUCGUGCGGCAUAUUGAUCUAUGCGCUGCGACUAGCCUCCUCUCUCUUCCUCUCUGUCUCUUUCUCUUUCCGUCUCUCUUUUCCCCCCACCCUCUUCUCUUCCUCUUCUGCCUGUGUCUCUCUCUCUCUCUGUCUUUUCCUUGAGCCUGUCUGCCGGUGUGGCACAGGGCAUACGCAGUUGUUGCGCGAGACCGCUGCUGCCCACUAACAGGUGUCUGCCCCCCUCCCCCCACCCCUUCCUUGUUUUACUCCUCAGCCCUUGUUAACCUGUCCGCAUCCUCUCACCUUUACCCCACCCCUUCUCCAUCUCUCUCUAUCGUCCAUACUACGAGCCAUUCUCUCUCCGGCUCUCAACUACGUCGCAAAACUCGACGGACGCAAAACUCUUCAUCCCGGAAGUGGCCGCGCAGCACAGUGCGAGCGGAACAGACUCAUCCGGCAAGUGGAGAGAAACCAAACGGAAUACCUUCGGUGCGGCGCGCGUGAUGUGUGUGAGGUGUGACCGCCGGGAGGCCCUUCUACUUGUUGCGUGAAAGGUCACGCCAUCGGGUCUUGCUAGGCCGCUGGCAGCCGCUGGGCCCCGCGCUGCUGCAGGGCCCUCGCCGACGCGGCCCCCGCCGCCUGCCGCCCCCGCCGCCGCCGCUGCCGCCGCCGUUGCCGCCGCCGCCGCGGCCGGGCCGGCGGUAUCGACCCGGGAGCAGCGAGCCGGAGCCGGCGGCCGGGCCGGCCUGUUCGAGUCCGGGCGCCCCCGCCGCGCCCCCCACCGCCCCCAAGCUGGUGCGCAUCCGGAGGCCGCCGCCCAGGCUCGAGGAUUACGCUGAGGUCGGCCUCCCCGGGGCCAAGCAGAGCGACAGGGUCGGCGACAGCCUCCAGGGCGCCGCCAUGCCGCGCUGCUACAUGGUCAAGAAGACGGCCAACAGGUACCCCGGCUGGGGCGGCGGCGGCGGGGCCGGGGGCGGCGCCUCGCCCGCCGCGACCCCCAGCCGGCCGCAGAGCCCCGCGGGGGGCUCCGUCGCGCCCCAGAGUCCGGAGCCCCCCGUGUACCGACCGCUGAGCACCGUCAUCACCUCGACCACACACAGUAAGUUCACUGUGGGUCACCUUCGUAGGCGGUCGGCCGCGCCCCCAGCUGGAAAUAUCGACAGAGGCUACCUGCACGACCUGAUGCCGGACGCCGAGUCGUCGCAGCCCGAGACGGGCGGCGAGCAGCAGUGCGCCACCGAAGUGAGCAGCGACGGCGGCAUCCCCAUCUUCCGCAUGCGCUCCGUGGAGGAGACGGAGGCGGCGCACGACCUGCUCGAGCUGUCGCGGUCGCUGCCGCCCCUCGCGCCCCCGGGCGUCGCCACCUACCAGCCCAACGACCCGGCCUCGUCGCCCAGGUCCGCGCCGACCGACCAGAUCACGCUGCACUACCGGUACGAGGCCGGGCACGGCGGCGAGGACGCCGACGAGGACGCCGACGGCCACCCGGACCACGAGUACACCAACCUGCCGUCCGUGUCGUCGUCGCCGCCCCCCUCGCGGCCCACCAUCAUCUGCUACACGCCGCUGCAGCAGCAGCACCACCCGGCGCCGCCGUCGCCCAGCCCGCCGCUCACGCCCUCCUACACGAGCGUGCAGAUCCUCUACCAGCCGCCGUCCCCCGCGCCCUCCUCGUGCUACACGUCGCCGACGACGCAGCCGCUGACGCCGCCCACGUCCGAGUACUCGUCGGACGCGGAGAACAACAACCCCAACGGCACGUCCGUCAUCCAGCAGCCGAGCAGCCAGAGGGGCAGCAUCGUGGUCGAGAGGUCGACGACAACGCGGAGCGAGGCGGCGGCCGCGGCGCAGCAGCGCGAGGGCGGCCCGCGCCUCGACUGGAAGGUCGAGGUGCUGCCCGUCAACUGCAACGUGGUCAUGCCCAAGACGGGGCAGCCGCGCGCCAUCUACACGUACGACGCGCUACGCAGCACCGACGGCCGCAGCAAGCGCACCAACAAGAAGAAGAAGGUGGCCGUCGCCUCGGACGACGAGGAGGACGACGACGCGCCCUCCAUCAAGAAGGGGCGCUACGUGUGCGGCGAGUGCGGCAAGCGGUACGCCACGUCCAGCAACCUGUCGCGGCACAAGCAGACGCACCGCAGCCUGGACUCGGGCUCGGCGCGCCAGUGCAACGUCUGCGGCAAGGCCUACGUGAGCAUGCCGGCGCUCGCCAUGCACGUGCUCACCCACCAGCUGACGCACGCGUGCGGGGUGUGCGGCAAGCUCUUCUCGCGGCCGUGGCUGCUGCAGGGCCACCUGCGCUCGCACACGGGCGAGAAGCCCUACGGCUGCGCGCACUGCGGCAAGGCGUUCGCCGACCGCUCCAACCUGCGCGCCCACAUGCAGACCCACUCGCAGGACAAGUCGUACUCGUGCCACCGGUGCCACAAGACGUUCGCGCUCAAGAGCUACCUCAACAAGCACCUCGAGUCGUCCUGUUCCAAGGACGACGACGAGGGCAGCGACGCCAGCAGACCCAUCUCGCCUAUCUAGUUGUAGAGGACCUUGUAAUCCACGGCCUGCUCUCUUAGACUUUCUUUAAAUACUCUAUACUACUCAUUCUGCUUUCUACUUACGGUUUUUUCGAAACUACUCUUUCCCUUUUUCGCCCCUUACAUUUCUAUUAGGCCCUUGCGGUUUCUUUUCUCUUCCUGAUCCCGCCCUCCCCCUUGACGCGUGCCUACUGCAUGCAAUGUGCCUAUGUACUGCUUGUCAAUUCCUUUCACUCCUCAAUCAGCGUGUGUUUCGUGGAAGUGCAGCAAAAAGGCCUAAAAGAGGAACCCAACCGACUGAAACAAAACUUUGACAGACAGGCCAUCGUCUGACGCUGCUCAUAUUGACCAGGCUUUGCCGUGUACAGGCCUAAGAAACCAGACUUGUAACCAGCAGCAGCUUUCCCAACGCCAGACCUCUGCGUCUGGACAGGGCCGCUCGACCCAGCGGCAAACUCCCACCCCAGUGCUGUGACAUAAACUAGUCUAUUUAUGCACGCUCUCUGGGCUACCUGAGCGAUGCGCUUCCGGGCAGCCAGAAGAAGUGUUCAUCGCUUUAUUUAUUUUUACAUGAACUAGUCUUACUGUAAAAGUAGUGCAAUUCGAGGAGAUUUUUAGCCGUACUUAACUAAUUAAGUAAUUAGGUAUGUCGUAUUUAUUAUCUGUUUGUUCCUUUUUUAUGUUCAGACUCAACCAUUGGAAUGCAGAUGAGACUUGCGCUACAAGAACCAAUGCAGUAGCAAUACGUCCUGUCUGAACCAAACAAAUCGCCAAAUGGUACUCUGAUGGCUACACGAUAUGUGAUAUGUAGCUAGUCAUUUUACCUGUAUAUACUUUUAAAAAUGUGCUCUGGAAUUUCAAACCCUUCAAUCAUGAUUCCGAUUCUUGCGCACUAAAUUUAAAUUCUCUUGUGGAAUGUGUUAAGUAAAGGAGCAAUCAAGAAAGUACCAUAUGGCGAUAUGUUAAAAGAAGACUAUUAUAUGGUUCUCAAUUCUAUUCACAAUUGCAUUUAAUUUCAAGCAAUCAUUUUAGUAUUACUUCCAUACUUUUAAUUCUCCAUGUAUGUAACACAGCUAUUAGAAGCGCUUCACUGUAACGCAGAGACUUGGUUUUACAUACUGUCUGUAAGAUUUCAUUUCUAUUGUUUGAACUCGAUGACUCAGGUGUUUUACAAAUCCGUGAUCUCUAAAAGCAAUUUUAAAGAACGUCAUCUCAUUGCCAUACAUAUUUUAAGAGCGUUCUCAUACUCAUUUGACAUAUGUUAACUUUAAAAACUGUUCACUUUCUAAACUCAUAGUUGCUGCAUAAUGUUUGCAUCUUUUAUCUCUUCUUUUAGCUCUCAAUUAGGACUUAGAUACAACUUAAUAUGAAAUAGCCGACACAGGUUUCUGCUCAAUUUAGCCCUAGGCUUUCGUUUAUGGCCACAUCAGUACCGUGGCGGAGAGAAGUAAGAAAUAUCAUGUCAGUUCUUUUUUCUUUAAUCUGAUAAUAAAAUCACCAUCGCUUGUACAUAAAAAAAAGUAUUUUGAUGCUAACUUUGGUAAAAAAAAUUCUCAUCGUGCAUGUGGUUGUUGAAAAUUAGGAUAGUGACAACUGCAAGGAAAUGAAUAAUUCAUGCGAGUGUAUCGUGUAGAGGAGAGGAAAGUAAAGCUUAGUUCGUUAAAGAAAAGUGUCUGAAAACACUGUUUACAUCCCCCUUGCUUGUACGUUCGAAAAAAUAUAGUCUCUCACCUGGUACGUAUAAGGCUCAUUUAAAUUGGAACGAAAGCAAUACUCUUUUUGAGAAUUUUAUUUGUAAGUGAUUCGUAAUUUUUUAUGUUGAAUUUGAUACUAUACUAGAAUGAUGUUGAGCAAGAAUGCCGAAGUAUCAUUGCCUAUAGGCCCUUACUUGUAAUCUCAGCGUUUCUAAAAUAGGAAUGAUAUGAUCAACCAAUAACAAGGGCGUGCAUAUGGUUAAAGCUCGAACGUAGUUAGAAUUUGAUAUUAAGUUUUCACAUACGUAAACGUUUUGUUACCUGACAACUCAAAAGCAAUACCUAGAAAAUUGUGAAUUAAAUCAAUUGUAGAUCGGAAAUAUGUUUAAAUUUCUCUUGAGAUUGAUAAAAUGGUUUUUAAAUGCCUUGGUUUAAGAACGCAUUGCUGUCUGUUCUGUUUUUAAAACUUUAGCAAUAAUUUAAAGAGAAAUAAGGAACCGAUGUGAUUUUCAGGCCAUAAGACUGGAAAAAUCUCAAAUCGGCAUAAUGUUUUUAAAUAAAAGAAAUCUUUGUGAAAAAAAUGUUUAGGUCAUUACUAACAAUAUCAUGUCGAACCCCAACUUUUGUUGAUGUAUUUUUCAAAUCAUUUGUGACACUCAUUUUAUAGAAGAAUUUUAAAGUAUUCAUCUUUUAUUAUUUCCUGGCUCAACAGAUGUAGGGAAAUUUUGCUAUUAUGUGCAUGCAUUGGUGAGUAUGGUUCAUCAGGAUAUUCAAGUUGAUUCAUGUAGUAGUCUGUAUAAACAUACUUUUUGGAAAAAGACUCCUGUAAAUGACAUGCACGAACUUGUCAUAAAGUCAAUUUUAAACGUUCAAUUUUAAAGUGCUGUGUGGGGAUCAUUAAAUAAUUACCUCUUGUAAACUCUAGCACCUGUGAUUAAAACCACAGUGGGCCUGGUUCCCAACAGUCGAUAUUGUACUUACUUUUGUGUAAUGAUAUCCAUGUUUUAGUAGGUUUUGUAUUUUACACAUAAAAUAGUGAAAUUCUAGCAGAAAAAUUUAAACCAGCAUUUUUGGCAUUGCAUUCCACUAUUUUGUCCUAGUCCGAAAAGAUCUGGAAGUUCAAGGGACUUAUAUGAAACUACUUUAAUGGAUGGGACAUUCAUAAUUCUAUGAGUGGCGAAGUUUGGAAUCACCUGUGGAAUGUUUUUUCUCUGCGGUGACCCCACAUGGUGUUGGCUCGGUGAGGAUAUUUUUGUACAAGUUGUAUGUAGAAGAACAUUUAGGACGAAUGCAUUUGAAAGUAAUCUUAUUAUCUUAUUAAAUAGUUCAAAUUGUACUGGUA